AUGCAGCUGAUAUAUCGAGAAGUGGAAUGGUGGAUGAAGCGGAGACAGUUGCCUUCUCACCUGAGACGAAGAGUUCGUCAUUUUGCAAGUCAAAGAUGGGCAACCACGGGAGGACAAGAUGAGAGAGAACUGACCAAAGACCUACCUCAAGGGCUGCAAAGGGAUAUUAAGUGUUAUCUUUGCUUAGAUCUGAUUAAAAAGGUACCGAUGUUCCACAGCUUGGGUGAUGUUAUCAUCGACAACAUCUGUGACAGAGUGACGCCCCUAGUCUACUCCAAAAAUGAAAAGAUUAUUAGAGAAGGAGACCCUGUGCAACGGAUGGUAUUCAUCGUCAGUGGACGCAUAAAAAGAAGUCAAAACCUCAGCAAAGGGAUGGUAGGCACGAGCAUGUUAGAAACCGGAGGCUUUGUGGGCGAUGAGCUCCUCUCACAGUGCCUUUGUCGUCCAAGUGUCGACCAGCUACCAGCCUCAUCAGCAACAUUUACUUGUGUUGAACCAACAGAGGCAUUUGGUCUUGAUGCACACCAUCUUCGCUAUAUCACAGAUCAAUUUCGCCACGAUUUUGCUAGCAAGAAGCUCAAGCAAACAGCGAGAUAUUACUCGUCCAAUUGGAGAAGCUGGGCAGCUGUGACCAUUCAAUUUGCUUGGCAGCGUUACAUGAUGAGGACUAAGGGUUCAGAGAAUCUUGUGAUUGAAAAUGGAGAUAGUGAGCGUCGGCUGCGGCAGUGUGCUGCAAUGUUCAUGUCAUUAAGGCCACAUGACCACCUGGAAUAA